GUGCCUGUCAGAGUGGCUGGCGGCAGUGGCGGCUCUCGGGGCUGGCUUGUCAGUCAGUGAGCUGAGGGGGAAGAUGGCUCGCUGGGACCCGUUCUGUUAGGAAGAAGGGGGGCAGGUGGUGCUGCUACUCAGGAGAAAGCGGAGCAGCCGCUGUCGCUGUCGCUGCGAGCCAGACAAGUCGAGAUUCUGGAGGUGGAGCUCGGGUAGCCGUUCUGAUUGUUUUGACUAUUUGGAGUCCAUUGAAAUUCCAUAUGAAUUAUAGGAUCAGCUUGUCAAUUUCUGCGAAAAGGCAUUUGGGAUUUUGAGAGGGAUUACAUCUAAAUUGUUUGGGUUUUUUGAAAGAAUACCACAGGGGUAAAGUGCCCUUCUCAUCAUAUCAGGGGUACAUAAUACUCACAUGACAUCUCAGGUUGAAGGUCUAGAACAGAUGUGGAAAGAUGUUCACUUCAGAGAAAGGGGCUGUGGAGGAAUGGUUGUCAGAGUUUAAGACACUUCCAGAAACAUCUUUAUCAAAUUAUGCCACAAAUUUGAAAGACAAGAGUUCUUUAGUUUCAUCUCUGUAUAAAGUUAUCCAGGAGCCACAAAGUGAGUUGCUAGAACCUGUCUGUCACCAGCUCUUUGAAUUCUAUCGCAGUGGAGAAGAGCAGUUGCUUCGAUUUACACUGCAGUUUCUUCCAGAAUUGAUUUGGUGCUACCUUGCUGUCUCAGCCAGCAGAAAUGUGCAUAGCAGUGGAUGUAUUGAAGCUCUUCUUCUAGGGGUUUACAAUUUGGAAAUAGUUGACAAACAGGGACAUAGCAAAGUACUGAGUUUUACAAUUCCAUCUUUAUCCAAACCAUCUGUAUAUCAUGAACCUUCCAGCAUUGGGUCCAUGGCUCUGACUGAGAGUGCAUUAUCCCAGCAUGGUUUGUCAAAAGUUGUGUACAGUGGACCUCACCCCCAAAGGGAGAUGCUGACAGCACAGAAUAGGUUUGAAGUGUUAACAUUCCUUUUGUUGUGUUACAACGCUGCCUUAACCUACAUGCCCAGUGUUUCUCUUCAAUCAUUGUGUCAAAUUUGUUCAAGAAUCUGUGUUUGUGGCUAUCCCCGACAACAUGUAAGAAAAUACAAAGGUAUAAGUAGCAGGAUACCAGUUUCUUCAGGAUUCAUGGUGCAGAUGUUAACAGGGAUUUAUUUUGCCUUUUAUAAUGGAGAAUGGGAUCUAGCUCAAAAAGCACUGGAUGAUAUUAUAUACAGAGCUCAGCUAGAAUUAUAUCCAGAACCAUUGUUGGUUGCUAAUGCCAUAAAAGCUUCACUGCCUCAUGGUGCCAUGAAAUCUAAUAAGGAGGGUGCAAGAUGUAUUCAAGUUGAAAUCACACCAACUUCCUCUAGAAUAUCAAGAAAUGCAGUAACCAGCAUGUCAAUAAGAGGUCAUAGGUGGAAAAGACAUGGAAAUGCAGAAUUAACAGGUCAAGAAGAACUGAUGGAGAUAUCUGAAGUUGACGAGGGAUUUUAUUCCAGGGCUGCGUCUAGUACCAGCCAGUCGGGUUUAUCAAACAGUAGUAACAAUUCUAGUAACAAGACAAGUGUAGGAAAGACUCAGAGACGGUCAGCAGGAAGCAAAACUGGAGGAAAAGAAAAAGAAACUCCAGGAGAGUCUUGCAAAGAUCACUUUGCCCGAAAACAAACUCAAAGAGCCCAGAGUGAGAAUCUUGAGCUUCUCUCUCUGAAGAGACUGACAUUAACUACCAGCCAAUCCCUGCCUAAACCUUGUAGCCAUGGUUUGGCUAAGACUGCCGCAACUGUGUUUAGUAAAUCCUUUGAACAAGUCAGUGGUGUCACAGUCCCACAUAACCCAUCAUCUGCUGUUGGCUGUGGGCCUGGGACAGAUGCCAAUAGGUUUUCUGCGUGUAGUCUCCAAGAAGAAAAGCUUAUUUAUGUUUCUGAAAGGACUGAACUUCCAAUGAAGCAUCAAUCAGGUCAGCAGAGACCUCCUAGUAUUAGCAUUACUCUGUCCACAGAUUAAUUAGUAAUCGUUUUCUCACGUAACCAACAAAUCUAGAGGGACAACUUUGCUUCUUUAUGAAAGUGCCCAGGGUCUGUCAUCCCUUUUCCAGACAGGAGCCCUGAUGGCUUAAAUUCUGAAGGCUACCUUGACUUUAUGAAGGGAAUGAUAUGUAGGUUGCAACAAGUUGAAAUAUGGUUUUGUUAUUUCUUGGGUGUAUUUUCGCCCUUGAUUUGAGUCUUUUUUUCUUUCUUAUUUGUUUCUGUUGCUCUAAGAUUGUCAGUUUAAUACAUUUUGGCAGAUUGUCUGAUCAGAGUGAUUACAUCUCAUGAGAGGUUGUGAAUUCUUUUUUUAAAAUAAUUCCUACUUUGGUAGUUGUAUGUUUGACCUUCAGAGUCAAAGGGAAUCUCCAUGUAUGGGAACUGUUUCUGAAAGGAGGCAGAGGUGCAGCUCCUGGAAGUCUCCAGCUGACAUGCAGCGUGGCAGUCUGAAAAAAAGGCAUGUGAGAAAACAAAAAUGAUGUGUAUGAAAAGUGCCUGAUAAAAAUAUUUGUAAUCAGAUUAUCCUUGAGAUUACAAGAAUCCUUGAUAUAAAGCACUGGAAAAAUGCCUACUAACUCGGUACCUAGACUAUAAUUCCAGGGCCUGGGUAGAGGGAUUUCUGUUGUUAUCUUUGGAACAUUUUUAUAUCAAAAAUCAGAUUGCUAGUAGAUGUGUUGUCUUGAAGUAUUUGAUCUGGAUUUAGCAGGUGAAAACGGAAUAGGCUAUGAAGCUCACUUAUCCUGCUGCUUGACUUUGGAAACCUAGAUAGUUUGGUUUCCUAUAAUUCAAAGAACACAUCAUUGAAGACUUCCUGGAAAUCAAUGUAAAUCGUGCAACGCAGCUCUCAAGAUACCAGUGUCAACCAUAUAAUACUGAAUUAUUUGUCAGCAAAUGAAGGAUAUUAGGUAAUAUUUUUGUCUAUAAAAUAUUGUGAAAGAAAACAUAUGGUUAUUUAUGUUUGUGUUCUUAAAUUUAAAACUAUAAAAUGUGAAAAAUUUAAACUUUUUUUCUGAACAGGCCUAUUUUAAAUAUUCUUUUUAUGAUAGAAUAAUCAAUGUAGUAGCCUCCAACUGAAAAAUAAAAAUGAAAAGGCAGUAUGGCAGAAGCUAAACAAACUUGUAUGUAGCUAUGGAGAACUAUGUGACCUCCAGGUAGAUGUAAAAUUUGAUGUUUGCUAAUAGUAGUUGUUUUGGCUAUGGUUGAGGUUCCCUGUAAAUCAAGUAUCCUUAACUAAUAAUUCAGAGGGAGAGAGAGAAAGCAAGGCUGAGGAUGAGAGUAAGUUGACUGAGAAGGAAGGCCUGGGGAGCAGUCCCCUCUUUGAGUCUUUCACUGUUAGUACAUACAUAGUGGUUUCCUUAUUUACAGUCCCUCGCUCUGGUCACACAGAACAUACUGGUUUUCCUUUUGUACCUACUUAUGCAGAGCUCAAAUGUGAGAAAUUAAUAGUCCUGAGGAGUGUUAAAGCAUACACUAUGAAUGCAGUUUUGACUGUUAACUGCUUUGGCUACCAUUUUAAAUUUAAUUCUUCAAAAAGCAUGAACUAGUUUUCAUUCAUUAACUCUGAAUAGAAUAUGGUUUUUAAUAUAAGUGAAUUUGAGUUUUUUAGUUCCAGUAACAGAAAUGGAAUUAGAUCUAUUGUAGUAGGAAAAAAAAGACAACCAAUCAGACAGUAAAAGUUGAUAUUGUAUUAAUUUAACAGGAAUCCUGUGUACAAUUUAAAAUAGUUUAAAAUGUCACUGUGAAUUUCCUAUCGUCUUUUUAUAGUUCUUUAACAAAGAAUUUCCCCCUAGGCAUGUAGCUACUAAUAGUAUUAAUAGUCUUAAGAACUAGUUUAGAAGAUUAGCAUUUUAAGCAAGUUAAGGUGCUUAGGAAACUUGUAGAAAAAGUUUGAGGAAACAGCUGGCACAAAUGAGAGAUCAGAUUUUAAUCAUCAGCUGCUAUAAUGGAUCUUCAUUUUGGUAUUAUUCUAGAUUAUUGCUACUCCUGUAGUCUGAGGACCAGUACAUAGCAUCGGCAUCACUAGGCAUCUUGUUAAAAAUGUAGAAUUUCGGAGCCAGUUUUGAUCUGCUGAAUCAAACCUGCAUUUGAACAAGAUCCUCAAAUGAUUUUUGUGCACAUUAAAGUCUUACUUUUAUUUACCAAUACUAAUUUACCAAGUUACUUACCUAGUAUUUAGAGUUCUCAGUGGUCUCACAACUCUAGAUCAAAUAUGUUAAAUACUACAUAUUAUAAUCUUCAUUGUUUUUAACAGCUGAUGAAUUUUUUAUAGUGUCCAUAACACUUAUUAAUCCUCUAAUUCUAAAUUUCUAAUGAUUUUCAUUUAUUUUUACAAUAAAAAUAUAGCAUUUUAUAUUUUUCUUUUUAACUGUAAUUGGAAUCAGCGUUAUAGAUGCCACAAUUUUACGUAUGAAAGGGGUACCAUCUUUUAUACAAUGCAGAACAAAUCUGCAUGCAUAUAUUAUUUUAAAAACUCUGAAGGCUUACUCAGUGCAGUGGAUCUGAAUUUAUGCUUCAAAUUAUUUGCACCAGUUGAUUUUCCAGGGUAUGAAGUUAUGUUAAUAGUAAAAUUAUUUAUAGUACUUUUGAUACUAUUUCAAAUAAGGAUUAUACAUUUGAAAAUUUUUAUAAAAAUUAUAAAUAUUAGAUAAUGUUAACUUUGGUAACAAUUACAGUGAUCCCUAUUGCUCUCUUCCUACUCAUCUUUUCAGAUUGAGUUGGAGUCACAUUUGUAGGUUUUCUCAUUAAGAUCCUGAUAUAACCAUUUGGUCACAGGUCUCCUGCAUAUCCAGAAUAAUACCCUUUACCACAAGAAGGAUUCUGCCCAAAUGGGUCCUUGUACCCAAUACGUCAAAGGAUCUGAACAGAAAUUGUAGUUCCAUUCCAAAUUUUAAGCCCUUAGAGGUUCUUGAACCUCUUCCAACCUCUCCCUCUUCAAAACCCAACUUACCUGAGAUAUUCUGAUGAAGCUGGGUCCCAGCAUUUGCCUUUGGAAUGAAGUGCGGGAGAGAACAAAAGUAGACUUUCCAAGAGGACCCAGGGUAAGUGAGCACCAUGGAAUCCCUUGUACACUACCAUGGAACUUUUUAAGGCAGCUCUGUAGUCUUGAAGGUUAGAAAUCCUGAGUCCUUAAAUGAUGACACAGUUUUUUUUGAAUAAGCAAUGUUUCAUUGCCCUUUUCAAUUAUGACGCAAUUGCUUAGCAAACGUUACUCACAUAAAAACAAAAAGUUGAAUUAAAGGGAAAUAUAUUUUUUUAAACCAAAAUAGAUAAAAAUGAUUUCAGUUCUAAGGGAUUUUUUUCCUGUUUUGGAAGAAUAUAAUUAAAAUAUUAAAACCUUUACAUUCAAAUUAUAGAGAAAAAGUGUACUCUGAGACAUAACUUUAAAUAAAUAUUUAAAAUAAGGCUGUUUAACAUUUGAAUCUAUAGGCACAAUAAAUUUAUACUUUAUUAAAGGGAAGCACACAUCAAGGAAUCUUUAUGAUAAAUAAUGUGAAUGAAAAAAUGUUUUUUAAAAAGCCAUUAAAGAGAAGAAUAAUUUCAUGGGUACAUAAAUUAAGCAUUUUAGAUAGAAAUUAAUGUAUAAUAGUGUAUUCCCAAUCUUUGGAUGAAAAAUAAAAACUAUUUCUUUAAUUAGCAUGUAUUUAUACUUUUAGAUUAGUUGCUUAGUAAAAUUAUACUCAAUACUUUGAUUGUUCACAUUUGUUUAAUUUUGUUAAAUUCUUUAUCAGAACGUAAAUACAUUGUCUUCUGUACUUUGUGUGUACCUAAAGAGACUAGCAGUGAACAUUUUGGAAGAUGUUUUUGUGUUUUUUAAUAGUAAAGUUCUAGAGUACCAGUGUCUUGAUAUAAAGUUUCUGUUAGUAAACUCAAGAUCUUAUUUUGCAUACCUUUGCUUCCUCUUAUGUGGAGUUUUUGUAUACCUCUUAUCUUUCAAUCAUGUAGUGAUACUAAUCUUUUCAUAGUAAAUAUACUUGUUACUAAUUGUAUUCCUAGAGUUUACAUUCCUAAGAAUAAAUUAUGACUUUGCAUAUUUUUAUGUGCUCUCUACCUUUUUAAGGCUAUGGAAAUAAACUGGAGUUUAGUUUUUUGAAGUUUUGUAUAUUGUGUAAAUGUUGUCCAUAUGCAAUACUUUAUACAACAGUGUUGCCUCUUGUUUUAUUGAAAUAAAAACUGAAAAAAUA